AUGGCACCGCCGUCUCCGCCAAGGCGGAAGCGUGAUACGGUGCAAAGGGAAAAUUUUGCUGACCUGGUGGACGAAAAACGCCGCCACCUCGUGAAGUCCAAAGAGUUCUCCCUCGAUGACGGAAGCUUCACUCCAGGAGAAGUUGAGGUGGUGCUGUUUGACGUGUACUCACUGGACAGCUUUGUUGCUUGUUGUGCGGCCCGAGCAGCAUUGACGCAGCAUGCCCAAUUUGAAGGAGUCACCAGGAAUGGCAGCGUUGAACAAUUAGAGAUAGACGUGACGGACAAGGUAGUGGCAAUGGUGGGUGUAUGCUGGGACUAUGAAACCAUGAGAGAUUUGUGCUGCGACCGAGCCAAAAGUAUUUUGGUGCUCGAGUCGGAAGAUUCGCUCCCGGAGGUUGAGAAGAGUGAACUCAUCAACCUGGGUGUAUGGAUAGAAACUGAUUCUCGAUUUGGUGCUGGAGUUCUGGCCUGGGAGUUCUUCAAUAAAGGAGAGCCGGUUCCUUUGUUACUGCGAGCUGUGGAAGACAUUCAUUUAGGACGUGGGGUUUUCCUCGAUGGUAAGGCCAUGGAAGAUGGAAUCGAUGCGCUGCUCGAGGACGACGAUAUUGAGAAUGUGACCCUUGCAAUCCAGGGGCUCCUAUGUCCACUUGGGUACCGGGAGAAAAUCUUCCAAAAGUUCCACAGCCUGCUGACAGACAGCAAGGAAACGAAGCGUAGGCUACAGACCAUUGCUGACAGAGGGCGUGCGAGAGAACCGGAGAUCAGAAAGGACCAGCUCGAAGCCGUCAGUAAGAGCGUGGUUCGGGUGUUCCGUCACUUUCCAGCAUGGAAGUGCAACAUGGUGAUGAUGACUUCGAAGUUUGAAGGUCGGGUGGCUGAAUUUCUUGCAGAGAGCCUGGCACAACGCUGCCAAGGUCAAGAAAACCGCUGCAUGGGCGCAGUCCUGGAAAUGAAGGAAGGCUCCACUGUACGAGUCACAUUGCGAAGCCUAGAUGGAGGUCCAGAUGUAUCUGAAGUGGCUCACCGUUUUGAAGGAUGUGGAACCGGCACACGAGCCUUCUUCAAAGUCAGGAGCGAUUUGCUUGAGAGCAGUUUGGAACAGCCUGAAAUCGUUUUGCCCCUGAUAUGCAGAAGGGUUAUGCUAGUGCUGAUGUUUAGCUUCUCCUGGAGUGAAUGCAGCGAAUGGUUCCUUUGUUGUGUUAUCGAUUUGCCUCCCACGCAACGACAGUGUUUUCACUGUGCCUUUGGUUUUAAUUACUCUAAGGCGCGAAGCCACUGA